AGCCUCGUCAACCCUUCGCCUAAAAAAUACACAUUUCCUCCCUGCCCUUCUUUCCCCCUCUUCCGCCCGCGGCGGCUCAAACUUAAACCCUAGAGCCGCUCCUCGCCUCGCCCCCGCGAGCCAAAUCCUCAAGCGAGGCGCAUCCGCAGAGGGUUUCUGCUGCGGUCAUGGCUCGCGUCUACGUGGGGAAUCUGGAUCCGCGGGCGACUGCGCGCGAGAUCGAGGACGAAUUCCGCGUGUUUGGGAUUCUGAGGAGUGUAUGGGUUGCUAGAAAACCACCAGGAUUUGCUUUUAUUGACUUUGAUGAGAGCAGGGAUGCAAAAGAUGCAAUUCGUGAAUUGGAUGGUAAGAAUGGAUGGAGAGUUGAGCUGUCAACCAAAUCUGGUAGCGGCCGUGGCCGAGAACGUGAACGCCCUGGAGGUUCUGAUAUGAAGUGCUAUGAGUGUGGUGAAAGUGGUCACUUUGCACGUGAAUGUCGCCUACGGAUUGGGUCCGGAGGCCUGGGUAGUGGAAGGCGCCGCAGCCGCAGCCCGAGACGCAGCCGUAGCCGUAGCCCAAGAUAUCGGAGGAGCCCAAGCUACGGUAGAAGGAGCUACAGUCCACGGGAUCGAUCUCCUAGGAGGCGAAGCUACAGCAGAUCACCGCCUCCUCCACGGGCGCGAAGCAUCAGCAGGUCACCGCCGCCUCCGCGGGCACGAAGCAUCAGCAGGUCACCGCCACCUCCGCGGGCACGAAGCAUCAGCAGGUCACCACCGCCUCCCCGUGCACGAACUAUCAGCAAGUCACCACCGCCGCCUCGUGAACGAAGCUACAGCAGGUCCCCAGCACAGCCACCACAGCGUGAGGAGUCCCCAUAUGCUAAUAAUGCAUGAGCACUUGGUUUCACAAUGCUGGAUUUGUUAGGGACAAUGUGUUCGUGUCCGAAAUGUUUUGAUAUGACUAUUGAAUUGCCAUCUUGGCUGAGUAUGUUCUCUGUUAGCAUUUGUGUUCCUUUGUGAAAUUUCUUGCUGCUGAUACAAUUGAUGAAGCAGGAACCCAGCUUCUGUCUUGACUGAACGACUUGGUCGUAUGUAACUGUUCUUAAGACAAGAUAUGUUUUACUCUGUAAGGUUCAAACUAUUUGACUGCUUGGUUACAGUGCAUGGAUUUUUAAGUGCUGAA